ACGACGGAUCUACUACUGAAACUAUCGAUACUUAUACCUUAUCAUUAGUUCUUGCUAAGAAACAACUACGAAGGUUUGAAAGAAAAUAGAAGAUCAAUUGGAAUUCAUCGAAAAUGGUUGCUACCAAAGUUUUCGUAUUUGCGUAUUUCCUCGCUGUUAGCUGCUGCUACGCGUCUCCGAUCAACAGAGCAUCAAUCAUCCAACCGGUGAUUAUUGUUCCAACUAUUCUAGAUCAGGAGACAAAUUCUGAUGUGUUCCUUAACGAUGAAGGAAAAGAAGAAGUGAUUGUACCCUCGGUACUUCUCAUUCUCGAUGAUUACUCGAACGAUUCAGAAAACUUGUUCUCAAAGGAAAUCAUUGAUUCGGGUUCAAGGAAAAUCGAGAAACGCGACGUGAUCGAAGAAUCUACGAAAGAUGAUCUCGAAACUGCAGCUGGUACCAAUGUUCUUCGACCUCUUUUCGUUUAUCGUCAACAACUCGCUUACAGGCAACGUCUAAGGGAAGCUACUCGUCGUGGAAAUCGUUUUUGAAUCGAAUUUAAGCUAAGUUUUGAAACAUCUGAAAUGACGAGGACACGAUUCAAAUAGAUCUGAUUUAUUUAGAUCAUGAAUUAUUGAUCAAAAGCCUAAUCGUGGAAAAUAAUCGAUUACGAUGAAAGUACUUCUUCAAUCGAAUGGCUUACCAAAGAAUGAACAAGACAAGGAACGAUCGAAAUAAGUUCUGCGAAGGAAACGAUGAUUAAUUUAUUAGAAAAUAUAGAGGAAGGAUAUUCGAGGAUUUCGGAUGAUAAGAAAUGAUAAUUGAUUUGGUGAAAUGAUCAUUCUGCUUUUACGAGUGCUAGUAAAUAACGAGGAUUAAUAAAAGUUCAUCUCGCGAAGUGUUCAACGAGGUGAUUGGAAAGAAAUAUCGACUGAGAAUAAUCAUGAAAAUGUUUCCUACAAAAAAAAACAAAAAAGAUUAGAAUUGUAAGCAUUUAAUAUUUAGAAAAUAAG